AUGCCUCCUCAGCUGCAAAACGGCCCCGGCUUCUCCGGCAAAGUCGUCCGGGGCUCCCUGGACAGUCUGCCCCCGGCGGUGAGAGAGUUCGUGGAGAGCAGCGCCAAGCUGUGCCAGCCCAAGGACAUCCACAUCUGCGAUGGCUCGGAGGAAGAGAACCGGCAGCUGCUGGAGCUCAUGGAGGCGCAAGGGACGCUCAAGAGGCUGAAGAAGUAUGACAACUGCUGGCUGGCGCUCACCGACCCCAGGGACGUGGCCAGAAUUGAGAGCAAGACGGUCAUCGUUACCCAAGAGCAAAGAGAUGCAGUGCCCAUCCCCAAAAGUGGCCUCAGCCAGCUGGGUUGCUGGAUGUCCGAGGAGGACUUUGAGAAAGCCUUCAGUGUCCGGUUUCCAGGCUGCAUGAAAGGUCGCACCAUGUACGUCACCCCAUUCAGCAUGGGGCCCCUGGGCUCGCCUCUGUCAAAGAUCGGCAUCGAGCUGACCGAUUCUCCGUACGUGGUGGCCAGCAUGCGCAUCAUGACGCGAAUGGGCACGCCCGUCCUGGAGGCUCUGGGUGAGGGGGACUUCGUCAAGUGCCUCCACUCCGUGGGCUGCCCUUUGCCUUUGAAACAGCCUCUGGUGAACGGCUGGGCCUGUAACCCCGAGCUGACGCUCAUCGCCCACCUGCCCGACCGCAGAGAGAUCAUCUCCUUUGGGAGCGGGUACGGCGGGAACUCGCUCCUUGGGAAGAAGUGCUUUGCCCUGAGGAUGGCCGGCCGGCUGGCCAAGGAGGAGGGGUGGCUGGCAGAGCACAUGCUGAUCCUGGGCGUGACCAACCCCGAGGGCCGGAAGAAGUACUUUGCCGCGGCCUUCCCCAGCGCCUGCGGGAAGACCAACCUGGCCAUGAUGAACCCCACGCUGCCGGGGUGGAAAGUAGAGUGUGUGGGUGACGACAUCGCCUGGAUGAAAUUCGACCAGCAAGGUAACUUAAGGGCUAUCAACCCCGAAAAUGGAUUUUUUGGUGUCGCUCCUGGGACCUCCGUGAAGACAAACCCCAACGCCAUCGAAACCAUCCGGAAGAACACUAUCUUCACCAACGUGGCUGAGACCAGUGACGGGGGCGUUUACUGGGAAGGCAUUGACGAGCCGCUGGCCGCAGGCAUCAGCCUCACUUCGUGGAAGAAGAAGGAGUGGACCCCCGAGGAUGGGGAACCUUGCGCCCACCCCAACUCGCGGUUCUGCACCCCGGCCAGCCAGUGCCCCAUCAUCGACCCCGCCUGGGAGGCUCCAGAAGGCGUGCCCAUCGAGGGCAUCAUCUUCGGAGGGCGUCGCCCUAAUGGUGUCCCUCUUGUCUACGAAGCCCUCAGCUGGCAGCACGGGGUGUUCGUGGGGGCGGCCAUGAGAUCAGAGGCCACGGCGGCCGCCGAACACAAAGGCAAAGUCAUCAUGCAUGACCCCUUCGCCAUGAGGCCUUUCUUUGGCUACAACUUUGGCAAAUACCUGGCCCACUGGCUCAGCAUGGCCCAGCACCCGGCAGCCAAGCUGCCCAAGAUCUUCCACGUCAACUGGUUCCGGAAGGACAAGGAGGGCAAGUUCCUCUGGCCGGGGUUUGGCGAGAAUGUCAGGGUCCUGGAGUGGAUGUUUAACCGGAUCGACGGGAAAGGUGGUGCCAAGCUCACGGCCAUCGGCUACGUCCCGGAGGAGGGGGCCCUGAAUCUGAAAGGCCUGGGGGAUGUCAACGUGAAGGAGCUCCUGGACGUCUCCAAGGAGUUCUGGGAGGAGGAGGCGGAAGUCACCCAGACGUACCUGGAGGAGCAAGUGAACACCGACCUCCCCUACGAGGUAGAGAGAGAGAUCUUGGCUCUGAGGCAGAGAGUCAGCCAGAUGGAGUCAGACUCAGGGCUUCACCCUUAA